AGAAAUAUAGAAGAGUAUGGAAUUAGUAAAAACAUUGUACUAAGUAUGACAUUAUGCAAAUUCAUGCUAAAAGAGUAUAUUUUUGUUGAAACUGAAUUUUCAUGCUAUUCUGAUAAACCUUCUAAUCCACUUUAGAAAGCAUCAUAUAAGUCGCCAUGUAUCAUUUAAUGUAAGAGUUCCAUAAAUAUCACAUAUAGUCAAUUUAACAUCACAUGAACCUUCAUAUACAACAUUAUCAAAAAACUCUCCUAGGUAAGACUUGAAGAUACCACCCAUAAAACCACUUCAAUAGAAACCUAAGUGAUCCUUAAGACUACGAAAGAUCAGAUAUGUCAUUCCGACUCCACAAGUCAACAUUAAUUAACAAAGACAAUUAGAAGAACACAUAUGCAUUUAGAAACUUCACAUAAAUACCAUCCUCCAAGGCAGCCCCCAAGUUACACUUAGUGCAAUGUGAAAGUAGCAUCCCAUACUACUACUCCCACUAUAGUAUUAUUUAACAAUUCCCUUAGACUAGGCACAUCACACUCAUCAUUUACUUAACAUUAAUCAUAAAAGACAUAAUAUCGACAUACUUCAUUAAUCUUUGGCACAUAGUUAACAUGCUUCAUUUCAUAAUGUAUACACACAUCAUUGACAACAUAUAGUGACCUAUUCAUGCAUUUUUAUGUAAAUACACACUAAGACUCCCUCAAAAUUUCUACUUGUGCAAUGGAUAGAUAGCAUCCCACACCACCUACUCUAAGUAGUCGACCCUUCAGAAGACUUGGUUUAUAACAUUCAUUUGAGUCGAGUCUAUCUUUAACAGACAUAGACCAUGAGAGCAUAACAUAGAAUCCCGACAUUAACCCCUAACGGAUGAGGGAUCCUUACUAUCCUAAGGUAGGGUCAUAUUUUAGCCUUUACAUGGAUCUCAAAUAGCUAUACCUAUGCGGGUGCAUAGUUAAGGAAUAAAGAGAUUGCUUCUAAGCAACUCAUUCUCAACUAGCGAGGAGCACUCAUCUCAAGAAGUACAUUUGGAUACAACAUCUCUACUCAUGAAGUGUACAUUUUAAGCAGUAUCUAAUCACAAUAUAACACAAAGAAAACCAUAUUUAUAAAAUUCUCUAAACAUCUUCAUCAAACCCAAAUCAUAAGUCAAAAGUUGAGAAUUUGCAUGAGUAUGGGUUGUAAUACCUCUAAAAUGACUUAGGUAAAUCUAGAUCCUAACAUAUUUUUCAUGAGAGUCUAAGGUCAUAAAAUGGUCUAUAAUGUGGUAAUUACAAUUUUUAUAAAAUAUAUAGGUGAAUUAGAAGUCAAACAUCAAGGGAUGACAAAGACUUUCGACGACUACUGACUAAUGUGCCUCAUGUAUGGUUAUAUGCCUAUAUGUGCGUUUCAUGAGAUUAUGAGGUCCUUAUAUGAGUUAUUAUAGUUUUUAUAGGCAGUGUGUCAAGUUUCAUAAAGUUUUGAGGUCAAAUGUCCAAGAACAUCCAUGACGUUCGAAAGGUUUGCCUUGAAAGGGUCUUGUGUGUCUUGGCAUGUUUCAUCGACUUUUACGUGUUCAUUUUGGAUGAAAUUUAUGUGGUAGGUCGUAAACUCGCAUAUGAUCAUUUUUGGAUUGGAAACGUCCAGGUGAAAAUCCCCUAGGACAAACAAGGGUCCUUAAGGAAGAACCUAUCUUUGAGCCAAAGGAUGUCAAGACCAGCCCCAAUCGACUCAGGCAAUCAACGACGUGUAGGUUGUUUGACACCCCGUCGUUGAUGGACGUUUGUUAGGACUUAUAAGUGGGGAAUAUGUCCAUACAAGGACCACUCUCACACCCAAACCAUGAACCAGCAGGACAAUCCCGUCUAUAGACUAGUCUUUGAUGGGCCUGCAAUUUCGUAGGUUCACUGUUAAGUUGGAGGGUGAAUUGGUAAAUUCACCCAUCAUCCAAAUAAGAUUUUGUGCGGUUACUUAGGGGUAUUUUAGGUAGUUUAAGUGGCUUUAUAAGUGCUAAAUACCUACAUGAAUUGAUUCUUCCAAAUUAAAACCCCAAAAUGUCUAAAAAAAUUUCUAGAACUCCAUUGAAGCCAAAACUGAAGGAAGAGCUUGGAUUGGAUAUUUGAGUGGUGAUUCUUCAUAAAUGUCUUGUAUUAAAAUCAUCUAGGCCAACGACCCAUACAUGGUUCGUCAAAUAUUGCCCAGAAGUAGCAACUUCUGUAAUUCCCCGAUGGUUGUACGAGUGGUGGAGCUACUUCGGAGGUAACAAACUGGUUAUGCCUAGACAGUUUGAAGAGAGAUACUCCCAAUUCCAAAUUGAUGAGGGCAUCUCGACCCUUCCAGAAAACAUAAAGCUCUGUAAGUUUUUCAUUAAAAAACGUUAAUCCGAUAUCAUUAGUUGGACGUUUGUUAUUGCAGAGUUUGAAAGAAUUAAAUAUCUCUCCAAAGAGAUAGGAAUAAUGGGCUGGUCUCCUGCUAGAAAGGAAUCUCCAUCGACUUCUACAAACAAAACACAAAGAUGAAGUUUCACCUUCCAAGAGUGAAUUGAAAAAACGUCUUGAAAAGGUAUUAUCUGAAUUAGAUGAUGAAAAGGGUAAUCCAGAUGAAGCUGCUAUCAUGCAUCUUCUAGAUGAAGCUUCAUCACAAAGUGAUGACAAUGGCGAUAUGAUGUAUUCAAGAGCUCUUGCACAGUAUUAUCUUAAUACGUUUGAUUAAUCCUAAUUGAGCUUAUUAAAAAGUGGAAUAAUUAGCCUUCAGACAGAGAUCAAAGAUUGGAAUUGUCUAAGAAGGGGUAAAAGAGUCUCAAAGAGACAGAAUAUUCACUGAUUAAUCAUAUGGAACCUAGAGGGACCCACCACUAUAAAAGAAGAUGCUUUCCCUACCGAAAGUUGUUUGGACUAUCCGGAAAAGAAGAAAAGCAAGGUCCCCACUAAUAUUAUCGCCAGACAAAGAAAUCUGGAUUCACCAAUUGAAAGAAGAAAAAUACAUUCUUUCUUAUCUCAUCAAUCUUUUAGCCUAUAUAAAGGCCAGUUGUAAGUCUCCUAGAUCAUGUUAAAUACUUUACUUCUUGUUAUCGUAUUUAAUUCUGCAAAUUUUUUGUAUCAAAGCCAUGUUGCUUGUAAGCAUGCGUAGCUAAUUUCCCUACUUAAACUACUUUGAAUGCUUCUAGAUUAGGUUAUACAUUUGAAUACAGUUAUUAUGUUUAUAUUAUCUCUUUAUCAUACAUAUUAAAUUCUAACUUGAGGUUUUGAAUGACUGUUGAAAUGAGGUUGUCAAGUAAUGUUGACUUUUAAUAGAGUAGCCAGAAAGGGAUAUCGUUUUAAGACCAGAGAGGCUAGCUUGAUCCAAGGCGUUUCUAUUACCAAUACCUUUCAAUGAUUUCAAGUAAAAUCCAAUAUAGUUGAGUUUUAUUAUGUCAUGACAACAGAUUAAUUAAAACCAUGAUUCUUCUAUUCUCAUAUAUUCUUAAUUUUGAUUUAUUCAUUGUAAAAUAGCUUCUAUAGGACAGUAUCUUUUACAAUGAAUUCUUCUAAUUUGGUUAAUUCUGUUAAUGUUUCUAUCUCUAAAAUAGAAAAUGAUUUGCAAAAUUGGGACAUCCCUUGAGAGUCCGUAGAAAAGAUUUAUCAGUUAGGUACCUUCUCUAUGUUCAAACGUUUUAAUAUAAAAACUUGUGAACAAACUAUUACUAUUAACAAUAGCCUUGAAACUAUUAAGUUGUUAAUUGUUGCCAACUUAGAUCGUUUUAAAAAGGAAUUUAAUUUUCUUCAUAUUGGUCUUGUUCAGAUUGCUCUUAAGCCUUCGUUCCGAAAAGGAUUAAAUAUUCCUAUAUGUUUACUCUUGCGUGAUGGUAGACUGCUAAACUUUGAUGACUCCCUGUUAAGAGUCUUAGAAAGCAACCUAGCUGAUGGCCUGGUUUACUUUAACUGUUAUCCCAACUAUUCAAUUGAUAUCAAUGACCCCAACAUCAUUGAUACUUUGACGCUCAACGUCAAAACCAAAAACAUGAAUAGUAAGUUAGACACCAGAGAAAUAGCUGUAAUAUACAGGGUAUAUUACAAGCUAAUGAAAACCACAAUAGCCCAAAGGCUAUUAAGGUUAGUGCUAGGGGUUUUACUAUGCUCAUGGAAGCAAACCAAGAACAUAGCACUACUUUCGUUCCCAGGUUAUUAAAAUGGAAUGACAUUCUUACUGAUGAAGAAUGGAAUUUCCAAUCAAUAACAAACCCUUUACCCGUCCAAGCUGAAAAGUCUCAACUUGACCGAGUAAUUCAGUUUCCAGAUGGAUCUGUUAACCUUAAGUUUCUAAGAUCCAACUCUUUUAGCCGGGCUACUUCAAGUAGAAGAAUGUCUUCGGCCAGACCUUCUUCCUUUUUCUGGGUAGAGGAAGAACACGACGAUUCUAUUUCCAUUGAUGGACCCAUUUAUGUUGAUAAAGGAAACUUCACGGGGUUGACUUCUCCCAAAAUAUCCCUAAGGCUUCCUACGAAAAUGCUGGUAGUCCUACUCCCAGUGACAUGAAACCUGAUGAACCUAAGAUAAGUUCCCUUGGAGUCAUUACAGAAGGAAAUUUUAUCCCUAAUAAAGAGCUUCUCAAUCAAUGGUGGAAACUCCCUGAGCACAAGCAGAAGGUUGAAUGGUAUAAAGCUACCUACCCUUUGUCCAAAAGAAAUUCCUUUAGAGACAACUGAUAUAAAGAUAUGAAGAGAUUCGAAACUAAAGUAGAAUUCUUCAAAUGGUUUGAGCUCUCAUGACAAAUUGAUGAUACCAAAUCAUCCCUUCAAGUCCUUGUCAACAAAUGGCAUACUAGGAAUGAAGUAGUUGAAAGUGUUACCCCUCCAAUAGAAGGGCUAAAAAUCCCUUACCGAAAGGACAUUAUUAUCGCCUCUCCUUUCAAGAAAAACAUUGAGAAAAGUACUUCCCUGAUUAAUACAGAGGACAUUAACCGAAUUUCGGAGCAGAACAAUUAUACCAACCAAAUUCUCCAUGUCGUAUCAAGACAAAUAGAAGAAUCUACCAAAUAGAAAGAUUCUAGUCAAAUAGGUGAAAAACCUAGCUCCUCCAAAUCUUUUAGAAAAAUGGAAACCGUCCCCAUCUUCAAGGUCCCUGAGUUUUCCAAAGAUAAUUUUCCCGACUUAAGCAAAGAAGCUAAUAAUUCAAGCCUUAUUGAGAAAAUCAGAAACUACUCUCUAAGCUUAAUGUCACCAAAGGAAAUAAGCUCAGCGCUAUCCAGUCUGAUAAUAGAUUCCCAAUAGGAGAAACUUUUAUCCUAGACCUUCCUUUCUUGAUACCCAGUUUGAAGAAAGUCAUCUUCACCCUUACUCGCAUGUCGACGAAACCGGCAUAUCUGAGUGUAACAUUGAUGGUAUGGCAGAAGGUCAAAUUUAUAGCAAGUUGCAGGAAAUAGAAAUUUCUGUAACAUCUUAUAAAUUAAGAGGUGCUUCUGACAAACAAGCUACCCAUAGGGUCAUAGCAGGUUUCACUGGAACACUAAAGAACUGGUGGGACAAUUAUUUGACAGAACAGGAUAAAGGCACCAUCCUCAACGCUAUGGUUGUAAAAACCAUCGUUAAAGAAGAAAAUGGAGCCUCCACCUCAACUGAAGUCCGUGUUGAAGAUUCAUUUCCCACCUUGGUAUAUAGCAUCGCUAAGCAUUUCAUUAAAGAACCUAGACUUUUCCAAGAUAGAAGUCUUGAGAUUCUUAACAAUCUAUACUGUAAGAAGCUUACAGAUUGGAAGUGGUAUAAAGACAUGUUUAUAACAAAAGUUAUGAUUAGACAAGAUUGUAACAAUGAUUAUUGGAAAGAACAUUUUAUCAGUGGACUACCCUCACACUUUGCUGAAAAGGUGAGAUCUAAGAUCAAAGACAGAUGUGAAGGAAAAAUUCCUUACAACCUUUUGUCUUAUGGUGAUUUAAUCACCGUCUUAACCAUAGUUGCCAUGGAGUUAUGUACAGAUCUUAAGUUAAAGGAACAACUUAACAGAGAUAAAAGAAUGACAUCUGCGGAAUUAGGAAGCUUUUGUCAAGACUUUGGAUUUCCAUCCUUAAAACCCCCUUCAGCAAACAAAGCUGAUAAAAAUACUCGUCAAAGAAACCAAAAGGUCUAUAAAAGAAAUGAGUCUACAAAGACCAAGGAUCACAAGCAUAAAAGAAAGUCUAAAGGAAAAACUUCAAAAGAUUCUUCUUCAGAAGACACAUGCUGGACAUGUGGAAAGAAAGGACAUAGAUCAAACCUAUGCCCAAGAAAUAAGAAAAAGAAGAAAAAGAUUAGUGUUCUCAAAGUUGAUGAAGAAAUCAAAAACAAGCUCUUCUCCAUCCUUGAAGAAGAAGAAUCAGAAUCUGAUUUUGAGUGAAAAAACUCUCAGGAAUCUUCCGAAGAAAGUGAUCAAGAAUUCUUUAAUGUAGCUCAAAAUUCAGAAGAUGAAACAACUUGUGACUGUCACGGACCUUUUUGUCUCUGUGGCGCUAAGGAAAUAAACGUUCUCUCAGAAUAAUCUGCAGAAACUUUGUUCGAUACCAAUUUACAUAUUCAAGAUGAAGAUGCAAGAAGAAAGUAUCUCCUUGAAUUGCAAAAGCUGGUCACUAGACAUCAGCAAGAUGAAAAGCCUCACAUAGAACCUUUCAGUAUGAAACAGAUUAUGAGCAGAUUUGAUUCUAAGAAGGAAGAACCUUCUAUCAAUGAACUCAGAGGAGAAGUCAAAACUCUCAAAAACGAAAUUAGAGACAUUAAAUCUUGACUUCAUUUUCUAGAAAUUAAUGAUCUGGAUAACAAGGUCAUCGAGACCUCCUCCAAAGGCAAAGCUCCCAUGAAUUAUCCGGGAGAAACAACUGAUCAACAAGAUAGCGAUUAUGAUACAGCAGGAGUCACCAUGAUCACCAAAGUCAGACCCCAAAGCUCUCACAUUAUGAUAAGGCUUGUAGUGAAUGAUAACUUGGUUCUCAACAAGAUAGCUUUUUAGAUAGUGGAGCAGAUCGUAACUGUAGAGUAGAAGGUUUAAUUCCCACUAAGUACCUUUAGAAAGGUACCACCAGGUAAUAUAGUGCCACAGGUGAACGCAUUAUUAUUGAUUAUAAAUUGCAUAAUGCUCAUAUUUGUAAUAAUGGUAUUUCUUUGACAAAUGAUUUUGUUAUUACAAAAAAUAAUAACGAAGAAAUUAUUUUGGGAAUUCCUUUCAUUAGUCAGAUUAAACCUUUUAUCUCAAACUUUGAUGCUAUCAAAACUACUAUUUUAGGUAAAGAUAUUUCUUUCCCUUUUAUCAAAACUCUUUCCGAAGAUGAACGAAAUUUCAUUCACAAGAAAACUGCUUUUAAAUUGAACAAUUUAUAUCAGCAAAUCAGCUUUCUUAAAGAUGAUAUUAAAUAUCAAAAAAUUGAAGAAAUUUUAAAAACAUUGAAAAUGGUCACUAAGAUUUACAACCUAAAAAAGAUUUUCGAAAAAGAAAUUUGUUCUGAUUUUCCUAACUCCUUUUGGGAUAGAAAAUUCCAUACUGUUGAUCUUCCUUACAUUGAUGGAUUAAAUGAAAAAGCCAUUUCUACUAAAGCUAGGCCUAUUCAAAUGAAUCAUGAAUUAAUGGAAAUUUGUAAAAAAGAAAUUCACACUCUUUUGGCUAACAAAAUUAUUUGACCUUCUAAAUCUCCUUGGAGCUGUUCAGCCUUUUACGUUAACAAUGCAGCAGAAAAAGAGAGAGGAGCUCCCAGGUUAGUUAUUAAUUAUAAGCCCUUAAACAAAGCUUUGAAAUGGAUCAGAUAUCCGAUCCCCAAUAAAAGGGAUCUUUUGAAACGAACUUUAAAAGCUAAUGUUUAUAGUAAAUUUGAUAUGAAAUCAGGCUUUUGGCAAAUUCAAAUUUCUAAAAAGGAUAAAUAUAAAACUGCUUUCAAUGUCCCCUUUGGACAAUUUUAAUGGAAUGUUAAGCCUUUCGGGCUCAAGAAUGCUCCUUUCAAAUUUCAAAAUAUCAUGAACUCUAUUUUUAAUAAUAUCUGUCAAUUCUCAAUUGUUUAAAUUGAUAGCGUUUUAAUAUUCUCUGAGGACAUUGAUUCUCAUUUUAAACAUUUGAAUAUAUUCUUUAAAAUAGAUAAGCACAAUGGCUUUGUCGUUAGUGCUAAAAAGAUUUUAUUAUUUGAAACAAAAAUUAGAUUUUUGGGUCAUGACUUGUUUCAAGGAACCUAUAGACCUAUUUGCAGAGCUAUUGAAUUUGCUGAUAAAUUUCCUGAUGUUAUUAUUGAUAAAACUCAGUUACAACGAUUUUUAGGUAGUCUUAAUUAUGUUGCUGAUUUCAUUCCAAAAAUCAGACAGAUUUGCAAACCUUUGUAUGACAGGCUAAAGACUUCUCCUAGUCCUUGGACUAAGUCUCAAACUCAGGCUGUUAUUCAAAUUAAAGAACUUUUUAAAAAUCUUCCUUGCUUGGGGAUUUCUAACCCUAGUUAUUUUAUGGUAGUUGAAACUGACACAUCUGACUUUGGUUAUGGAGGCAUUCUUAAACAAAGAAGAGCCCCUAAAGAACCUGAACAACUGGUUAGGUUUACUUCUAGAAUUUGGAAUUCCGCGCAAAGUUAUUAUAGCACCGUAAAGAAAGAAGUUCUUGCUAUUGUUCUUUGCAUAACUAAGUUCCAAGAUGACUUGAUUAACAAAGAAUUUUUACAUAAGGUAGAUUGUAAAUCUGCUAAAGAAAUCCUUGAAAAGGAUGUUAAAAAUCUUGUCUCUAAACAGAUAUUUGCUAGGUGGCAAGCUUUAUUAUCUAGUUUUGAUUUUCAGAUCGAAUAUCUUAAGGGAGAAGAUAACUCCCUCCCAGAUUUUCUAACCCGAGAAUUUUUGCAGGGUAAGAAUGAGCCGAGGAAAGCAGCAGAUUAGACCAAACAAGCCUACUGGGCUAAACCCUGGAGCAGGACCAUUUGCUAUCAGGCCAGACCUGAGUCAAAUAAAUAUUCAGCAUUGGCCCAUUUCCCUCCAAUUAUUUUAUCAGCACUACCGCAAAGUAGUUCUUCAAAUAUGUUGAUUCUGAAGAAACCAUUCUCCAAGGAUCCUAAGCCCUGCUCUCAGUCACCUUCAGGAAAAUUUAGAUUUUCCCAAAAACAAACCAGUGACAGCUAUGCGAUGAAGCAACCCGAAAACUUCGCAGAAGCAGUCUCCUCAGCAUCCAAAAUAACUGCAGAAAAGAUUCUUUCCAAAGAGAAAGAAAAAUUUGAAGUAUAUCCUUUAAAUACAUUUCCUAUCCUUGCUAUUGAUAAGGAAUCCGAAAAUUUUCCAUCUAGAAAAUUAAAAAGAAAACCUCUCUCUUGUACAAUACUAGUUUGAAUGUUGGAAUAAAAUCAACUUUUAAUUUUGUAAGUCUCCUAGAUCUUGUUAAAUACUUUACUUCUUGUUAUCGUAUUUAAUUCCGAAAAUUUAUCACCAUAUAACUGGAUAACUGAUCACCUUCAAACUCCUAUGAAUUUUUCUAAAAGAUUUAACUCUCAGUCUUUUAAUUGGUUCGACUAUAAAAAUGCCUGGUUGAACUUUUCAUUUUUUAGGCCAACGACCCAUACAUGGUUCGUCAAAUAUUGCCCAGAAGUAGCAACUUGUGUAAUUCCCCAAUGGUUCUACGAGUGGUGGAGCUACUUCGGAGGUAACAAACUGGUUAUGCCUAGACAGUUUGAAGAGAGAUACUCCCAAUUCCAAACUGAUGAGGGCAUCUCGACCCUUCCAGAAAACAUAAAGCUCUGUAAGUUUUUCAUUAAAAGAUGUUUAUCCUAUAUCAUUAGUUGGACGUUUGUUAUUGCAAAGUUUGACAGAAUUAAAUAUCUCUCCAAAGAGAUACGAAUCAAGGGUUGGUGUCCGGCUAGAAAGGAAUCUCCAUCGACUUCUACAAAGAAAACACAAGACGAAGCUUCACCUUCCAAGAGUGAAUUGAAAAAACAUCUUGAAAAGGCAUUAUCUGAAUUAGAUGAUGAAAAGGGUAAUCCAGAUGAAGAAUCUAUCAUGCAACUUCAAGAUGAAGCUUCAUCACAAAGUGAUGACAAUGGCGAUAUGAUGUAUCCAAGAGCUCUAGCACAGUCUUAUCUUAACCCGUUUGAUUAAUCCUAAUUAAGAUUAUUAAAAAGUGGAAUAAUUAGCCUUCAGGCAGAGAUAAAAGAUCAGAAUUGUCUAAGAAGGGGUAAAAGAGUCUCAAAGAGACAGAAUUUUCACUGAUUAAUCAUAUGGACCCUAGAGGGACCCACCACUAUAAAAGAAGAUGCUUUCUCUACCGAAAGUUGUUUGGACUAUCCGGAAAAGAAGAAAAGCAAGGUACCCACUAACCUUAUCGCCAAACAAAGAAAUCUGGAUUCACCAAUUGAAAGAAGAAAAAUAGAUUCUUUCUUAUCUCAUGAAUCUUUUAGCCUAUAUAAAGGCCAUUUGGUAAAAAUGAGCCGAGGAAAGCAACAGAUUAGACCAAACAGGCCUACUGGGCUAAACCCUGGAGCAAGCCCAUUUGCAAUCAGGCCAGACCUGAGUCAAAAUAAAUAUUCAGCAUUGGCUCAUUUCCCUCCAAUUAUUCCAUCAGCACAACCGCAAAUUAGUUCUUCAAAUAUGUUGAUUCUGAAGAAACCAUUCUCCAAGGAUCCUGAGCCCAGCUCUCAGUCACCUUCAGGAAAACUUAGAUUUUCCCAAAAACAAACCAGUGGCAGCUAUGCAAUGAAACAACCCGAAAACUUCGCAGAAGUAGUCUCCUAAGCAUCCAAAAUGGCUGCAGAAAAGAUUCUUUCCAAAGAGAAAGAAAAAUUUGAAGUAUAUCCUUUAAAUACAUUUCCUAUCCUUGCUCUUGAUAAGGAAUUUGAAAAUUACGAAAUUAAAUAUCUGCUUAAACCUGUCUAAACUAACAGGAAUUAUGUAGAUAGUGGUAACUCUCUCAAAACCAAAAAAUAUUAUGAAUUCAUCUUGGUUGACACAGGAUCAGUUGAAAUA